AUGCUUUUCCUCCCAGCUGCUGCUCUGUGCUGUCUGUGUUCAGCGCUGGUUGCCAUGGCAGCACAGCUGAUUCAGGACGAUUUAACAUUGACCAGGAGAGUUGAUGGAGACGUCUCCUUCAGCUGUCGAGGAACUGAACAGUGUGACCGUGACUACGUAUUCUGGUACCAGAAGAAAGACACAGAAACAUUUAGAGUGAUUCUUGAUAUUGACAGGAGUAAUGGUCAGUUAGAUUACAGGUACAAUCAUCCUCAGAAAAAUGAUUUCUCGGCUGUGAAUAUUCAGAACGGCUGUGAGUUGAAGAUCAAGAAAGUUAAACUCCUUCAUUCAGCCACCUACUACUGCUCCUGUUGGGAGAGAUAUCACCUGAUCUUUGGCUCUGGAACUAAACUGGUUGUAACAGAUGAGCAGGUAGUGAAGCCCGUGGUGAGCGUGUACCCAGCAGCAUCCAGAGCCCACCUGGAGGGGAGGAGCUCCCUGCUGUGUGUGGCCUCAGCCAUGUUUCCUCCUCUGGUCCGCUUCUCCUGGAAAAGACGAAAGGAGGAUCAGGAGCAGUGGCUCCCUGCUGAGGGAGAGCAGCUGGAGCUCACAGAGUCGGAACGCACCGCCGCCAUCUUGCUGGUUGACUGGAACGUCACCUCCACGUGUAAAUACCGCUGCUCCGUCCAGCACGAGGGGGGCACAGUGGAGGCCCCAACAGAACAAGGUAAUGAAGGCUUGGUGACUGUGUUCAGCAGUGAUUCAGCUUCAUGUGGAGACGCUGUCCAGCCUCUUCCAGAUCCAGCACCUCCAAAAGUAUCAUCUGGGCCGUCUCAGUACCAGGUGAAGCUGCUCUGUGUGCUCUACACAGUGCUGAUAGUGAAGAGUCUGGUGUACUGCUGUGGACUCUCUCUGCUGAGGAUCCUCUGAAACAAGGGACCGUCCACCAGCUGCUCACAUGCUGACUGACUGUUUCCUGCUCGCCUUUUCUCACCAUCAGAUCUCAUCAGUUCGUCUCAUUGAUCACUUUGAUCAGCAGUCACAAAUGUCAAUGUUCAGGUUUUGUGGUUGGUUGUAAAAUGAAUCUUUUGAUGCACAGGUUAGAUUCAGUCAUCCUACAUAUAUAAAUACAUAUAUACACAUAUAUAUCUGCAGUGACUGAGUAUAAAUUCUGUGGUAUAGUGUUAUUUUCAUCCUCUAGUUUAUUUCCACUUGGAAUUGUGACUUGUAUAAUGAUAGAACAUGAAGCUGAAUCAUUAGCUGUCUGCUAGAUAUUUGAUUGUUUUAGUAUUUUUCUCUUCUUGUCUUUCUUUUUAUUACAUCAUGCAGAGUGUGGCAGCUUUGUUCAAUUCUUUCACUGUAACAUUCUCAAUAAAGUGAAAAAUCACA